CAGGCCGGAUGUGACGUGAAAUCCACUGCCGAUGACGUCCGGGCGGUGACAGGGAGAGAAGGCGGCCGGUGAGGGCUAAGUGCCGGCGGGAGCCUCGAUUAUCAGUAUGGAUGAUCAGACACAGAGGCCGAUUAAAGGCAUUCUGAAGAACAAGAGCUCCAAGAAGAGCGGCGUCCGUGUGCUGCCCAAGGAUGAUCUCGCCCAGGACAGAGAGGACGAUCAGAGUAAGAAGUCACAGAAGUGGGAUGAAAUGAAUAUUCUGGCAACAUAUCACCCUUCUGACAAAGACUAUGGCUUAAUGAAAAUAGACGAGCCUAGCACACCCUACCACAGAAUGGUUGGUGAGGGUGAUGAUGAUGAAGGAGCCAUGAGUGAUUCGGAGUCGAAUGAAGCUCUGACAGCAGAUGUCUUGGCACAGAAGCUAGCUGCCGCAGAAGGAAUGGAUCCAAAAUUCCUGGCUGAAGAAGAGAGCAGUGAAGAAGAAGAGGAGGAAGAGCUGACGCCAGAGGCAAAAGAAAAGAAAAAGGACUUUGAAAUAAAAAGAAAAUACCACUACAAUGAAGGUAUGAAUAUAAAGCUCGGCAGGCAGUUAAUAGAAAAAGAACUCACGGGCAAUGAAGAAGAUGAGGAGGAUGAUGAGGAUGAGGAGAUGCAAGAUAUAACAGACACAGAUGGUAACGAUGGUAGGAUGGGGCACUCUUGUUGUUGGUGCUUUCAUUGAGGAUUCCAGAGAAAGUGGUCAUCCUGAGCGACUGCAAAGUAAUGUCCAAGUUUUAUAGAGGCGAUGGAGCCAGAACAGCUUUCUGAAGGUCUAUUUAUUGCCACAACACUGCACAUGCACUGAUCUACAGACCUAGGGUACAGUGAAAAGUAUGAAUGAAUACUUUUCUGAUGCCAUCAUUAUCUUUUGAGGAAACUGUAUUAAUAAGCCAACUCUGAUUAGUGAUUUACAAGCUUGUCUGGCAUAUUUUGUUUCCAAAGCUGGCACAGCCUAACCACCAGUAUUGAUCUAUACAUGGUCGUACGUUCGCUAUCUAUAAGGUGUCAAUAUGGAUAUCAGCAUGUCGGGCACCUUGGUUAAAGGUUUUGAAAUUACCUUUCCCCUGAAUUACAUGGCGUAUUGUAGAAGAACAUCAAGCUUCAGUGGGACAUCGAAUAAAGUUGUUUUUUGUUUUUGUUGCUUUUACAACUUGUUAAGCUGUUUUCUGAACGUUCCCUUAUAAGGCUUUAUCUGAACACUGUUUAGCUAAUAUAACCAGAUCACAAAAUCUGCAUUUAAUUAAUACAAUCUGUAUUAAUUAAUCUCCUGGUAGUUUCUAUUGCUUUUGUUUCCGGAAAAGAAGAUUAAAAUCCCUAUUCCCAAAAAGUCUUCUGCCGAAUGGACUGAUUUUAAUGGCCCUGAAGACAAUCGUUCUUGUUAGGGUGGAUGAUUGCAUUUUUUGUAUGAGCAACAGUACAUAUUGGAACAUGAGCUGUUGCAUGAGAAGAUUGUCAAAUUCAUAAACAUGUUCUUUUGAUUGAGAGAAACAAGUUCGCUUAUUUAAGGUUCAAAGUUUUUGCAUAUCUUAGUUGAACAUAACAUCAAAGUAUAGACGGGCUACUAUAUUUAUUUUAAAGCCUUUAACCUGUACAUUUUUAGUACUUGUACAAAAGUGAGCUAGGUGGAAGUUAAAAUGAUACACUGAUUAUUUUACAAAGGUGAAUAUAUAUAUUCUCUUAAAUGUUAAAGAAUGUAUACCAGCUCACUAAUAAACUUUGAUGGCAGUGCAAUAUAAGGGCUUUUUUUUUUUUUAUCACUGCUGUACUCCAAACAUGACCCCAUAAAUGAAUGCCUCCUGAUCUGUGCCAUUCUUUUUGCUUUACUAGCUGUAGUUUUAAAACCUUAUCAAUAAGUGGAAAUCGCUCACAUGACCCUUUAUAAAGUCUGUUAUUUAUGACUUGGAACAUUUAUACUCUAGCACAAAAUUUGAACUGGUUGUAUUUAUUAAAGCGAAGUUACACCCAUUUUGGCACCUUUCUGGGAGUGGAUACCCGUCCCCACUUCCAGGAGAUCGUGCUGCGGCAAAUUACGCCAGGAGCUCGGUUCCCUCCUCCUGGGUUAGGUCUAAUGAGGUGCAUGCCUCUCCUUUUUUAACUUGCUGUUAAAUGUCGAUAGCCUAGCUAUUACUAUGUUUCCCAUGCUCUAAUGCUGGACCUUCUGGUCUUGGCUCCCCAGCUGAAGACUCGCAUGCAGCUGCUGUGCCCACGCCUCUGCUCCCAAUCUCCUGCCCAAUCAGAGUAUUUUGUAAAUCCAUUCGCAAAAUACAAAGCCUUCCGUGAAUGAACAGCAGAGGGGAGGGGUUGGCAGAGGAGAUGGUGUAUCUCUUGUCAGAGCUGGGGGGCAGUUUAGUGAUGGCUGCAUUUACAGCACGCAGUAAAACUCAUUUGUUAACCGAGUCACAUUCACAAGGUUGCAUGCACCUUGUAGAACUUAAUGCCUAGUAAGCUGAAACUGUUUACAAAAUGGCUGAAUUCCUGGAGUUCAGCUUUAAGGGGAACCCAUAAGCUCUGUAUAUAACCAUUACGUUUUGCGAGUUAAUUAUGCAGCCAGGCAAAAUCGGAUUACCAAUUGCACCAAUAUGAUGCAGGUUGAGCCUGAGCAGCAUAGUCUUCUGUAUCCAUAUGAAUUUGUGCCUUUCCUGCCUCAAAAAUCACAACUACACCUAUAAAAUACAUUAGCAUAGCGUCUCCCACUUGCAUAAGAAAUCCCCUUUUGUGCGUGUGUGUUUUUUUUUUUUUGUUUCUUCUAAAUGAGGGUCACUGGAAGUGUUCCCUUUUGGGUUAUAGUGCCGUAUAAGACGACCUUUUACGCCUUAAUUACACUGCCAGAGAGCGGGGGUCGUCUUAUAGCCGGGUGCAGAUGCCGCUGCCAGAUAGAUCUGAUUCCCGCCGGGUGCUCGGUAAUACUGUUGUAUACAGUAUGCGCCACUCAGCCAGUCCCGGCAGGGGCGAUGCACUCUGCUGAAAAACAGAGCUUGUUAAGCCUGCUUGGAUUGGAGCGGCGCGGGCUGAUGAUGUCACAGCCUCUGCCAAUCCGAGCAGACUUGGCACUACUGUACUGUACCAGUAAUGUACUUGUGAUAAGACUGCAACCGUUUAAAGCAGAUUUAAGAAGGUGAUAAAGACCUGGAGUGGGUUUCUUGGAACAGUAACAAAAACAUCUUUAUACUGUAAUAACAAAGGCAAUUUAUUUAAAAGCCCCAUCAAAAGUUUACCAAUAAGUAAUAAAUUACAGUGUUUUAAUCAA